AUGGCCGCAGAGGAGUCCGAGACUGGAAUCGCAGAGAAAGCUGCCGAGGCUGCAGAGCCUGAGCAUGACGAUGCCAGCGAGGAGGCAGCAGCCAAGGACGCGGAAUUGGCGCAGGCUGAAGAACCUGAGAAGCGCCCAGAGGAUGAAGGAAAUGCAGGCACAGAGGCGACCGAAGUCGUGGACAAGCAGGUCGGCGAAGCUGCAGACAAGCCCGAGGCUGAAGCUGAGCUAGCCGACGCGACAGCGGCGACAGAUGCACCGGUCGGCGAACCUGCCAAACUGCAGGAGGAGACACCCGCUCGCCAAACAGGGUUGGGAUGGCUGUACGCCUCCACAGUGGCCGCCGCGGCGGCGCUGCGCAGCUCCCCGAUGCGCGGCGCCCGCAGUUUGGCCGAGCGCCUUCGGAGCCGUGCAGGAGGUCCUGCCGAGAGCGGUGAGACGCUGGCGGCUCCCGUGGCUGCAUCGCAAGGUGCCGAGGCGCCCGAGCUGCUGCGCGCCCGGCAGCGCGCCGAGCGAGCGGCACAGCGGCCACCACCGGCCGGCCUGGAACAGUAUCCCGCAAAGGAUGAUGGCGAGGAAGAGGCCGAGGAAGAGGAGCCCGAAGAGGACGGCGUCCAGGAUGUGAAGGCAUCAUCUCCGCAGAAAGAGCCUGUGACGGCAACAACAGAGGCAGCAGCUCCCUCCACGCAAAGUGCGCCGGCAGGCCCAUCAGACAAGGACGAGAAAGCCUCGCCUAAGACCUCAGCCACCUUGCCGGUGCAAGAGACGGAGGGGGUGCAGGACCAGGCGCCGAAGAAGCCGAAAGGCAAGAGCCAGAAGAAAGCCGCUGAGCCUGCUGAGAGCUCUGAGCCAGCCCAGCCCAAGAAGAAGCCCGGAAGGAAGCCCAAGGAGGAGGUUGCUGCAGCAGCGCAGGCCUCGGAAGAGAAGGAGCCCGAAACGGAGGAACCGGCAAAGCCGUCUCCCUCAAAGCGUGCGAGCUCUGAACAAGCCGAGCCGGAGAAGAAGAAGAAACCCAGGAGCUCUGCAGUCGACGUGCACUUGGAGGCACUCCGCAGCCUGAAGACGGAAGCCGAAAGGGAGGAGUACCUUGGCAACAUCACGCUCACGAUGCGCAUGAAGGUGGCAGAGGCCCAGUCGAUGUGUGCCGAUGCUCUGCCGGCUGUUGACGCAGCUGAGCCAGCGCCCGAAGCUCCUUCUGGCAGCGAACCCAAGCAAAAGGCCGAUAAGAAGCGUGCGGGAAAUGCGAAGCAAGCUGCGGCUGAAGAGUCCGAGCAUGUGCCGGCGGCAGAGGCCCCGACAACUUCGGGUCGUUCGAAGCGAGCUGCUGCUCAGCAGGCGGAGCCUGAUGAGGUGAAGAAGCCGAAGAAGCUCACACCGGCAGUGGAGAAGCACAUGGACGAGCUUGCGAAGCUGAAAACCCAGAAGCAAAAAGAGAAGUACAUCGCCAAGCUCACCCUCACCAUGCAAACCAAGGUGGCGGCCGCCCUUUCAGAGGCCGAGGCCCCCGAGGCCCCCGAGGCCCCCGAGGCUCCCGAGGCCCCCGAGGCUCCGGAAGCCGAGGAGCCCAAGAAGCGCGCAGCCCCAAAGGAGCCGAAGGAGAAGGAGCCUGCUUCCAAGGCCAGGAAGGUCGACGAUGCUGAGAAGCACCUGGAGCAGCUCAGCAAGAUCAAAACGGAGAAGGCCCGGACUGCCUAUCUGAAGAAUCUGUCCGCGAGCACGCGGCAGCGCGUCGAGGAGCUCCGGGCAGCCGCAUCCGCACCCUCCGCCCCCUCAGCGUCCGCCUCCUCCACAUCGCCACGGAGGCUUGGACCGCCUACGCUGAUUGAGGUCGCGGAAAAGGUUGCAGCUGAGGCACGCCAGGCAACUGCAGGCGCUUCUCAGCCGGAUUCUGCCCAGAAGAAGCCCGCUGCCAAGAAGAAGCCGACAGCAGUGGAGAAGCAUCUGCAGGAGCUCAGCAAGUUGAAGAACCCUCAGAAGAAGGCGACCUACUUGAACAAGCUUCCUCCUGCUAUGCAGGUGAAGAUGGCUGAGGCGAUGUCACUUGCAGAAGGAGGUUGCUGA